GUGAGUGGCUUUGAGGGGGACGGUAGUGGUGGCAGAAGCGUCCGAAGGGCCUGUUUCCACACUGUAGGGAUUCUGUGCUGACCUCUUUCCAGAAAUUCGUGCUGUUGUUUCUCACCUACGGGAUCCUCAGUCCUUGCCUCCUGCCAAGUGUCCACUUCCCACUGUGGGGUGCGGGAGACCUCCUGCGCCAGAGUUGCACUCAUUUCCCCGGCAGGCUGGUCCAUUCCACCUCCCACCCCCAGGAAGGGGAGCUCUCCGCCUCCCGCCCCCACCCCACUGUGCGGAAGCCGCCCUGGGUUUUGUGAUGGCAAGAGCUGAUGACAGGAGCAGAGUGUCGCCACAGCGAUCGGAAGUGAACCAUCAUGAGGAACUUGGUGUACUGUGUUACUGGACUGAUGACAAUGGGCUUUGUUGCUUUUCACCUCUUGGCCUCUUCUUGGUUGAAAGCUGACGUUACGAAUAAAUUUGUCAAGAACUCCAUUCCGUCUCCAAGCAAAGUGAAUGCCUCCAAAGAAAUCUACCACAGACAAUCGAUCAACCUGACUGAUGGGAAAACCACUUUCCACAUGGACUUGAACUGCUUUCAGAAGGAGUACGGCUACAUGCAAGACUACAGUUGUAAAGUUAAGAUCAGCAACCCUAAAAUGUGCACUGCACCGGAGAACAGCUCGUUACUGUUAAUCGCAACCAACUCCGUUCCGAGUUCGUUCACUAGGAGGGGAGCAUUGAGAAAAGCCUACGCCAAACGGCAACAAAUUAAGAACUACCAGGUAGUCACGGUUUUUAUGUUAGCAGUGUCCCGCAGUGAAGAAUUGAUGGAGCUCAUAGCUUACGAGUCCCGUUAUUACGGGGACAUCAUUGUGUGGGAUUUUGAAGAGCAUCGAGCCAAUUUAACCCUGAAGAUAAGCUGCCUCCUGCAAUGGCUGAACGAGGAAUGCACGGCAGCAGACUUUUUCGUGAAAGCUGACGACGAUGAAUUUGUCAACCCUGAGGCGAUUGUGAACUACGUCACAACUGACAACACCUCAGAGAAAGUUAUUUCUGGUCACAUCUUGCAACGAAGCAUGGUCUACCGAUUUGGCAACAACAAAGUGAGCAAAUAUCUUUUGGUCAAUGACAUCUACCCAGACUUCCCAUCUGGUGGAGGAUACAUGGUGCCGAGAUCAUUCAUUCCAGAGCUGAACUGGAAAUCCAAGACUUUGCCUGCUUUCCCUGUUGAUGACGUUUUCAUGGGAUUUCUGGCUCUUGCUUGCAAGAUCCCACUGAGAAACAAGAAAGAGUUUUAUAUGUGGGGACUCAAGUACUCAGUGCAGUAUUUUAAGGAUGCAUUUAUUGUACAUUCAUUAUCUCCAGAAAAGAUUAUAGAAAUGUGGGAAAUGUUACAAAAGGAAAAACAAAGAUUAAUUGCAUAA